GCUGGUGCCUUCGAAAUGAACCUUCCACGUGCGACGGCAACAAUCGGUCAACCGGAUCCUUAAAGAAGGAAUGCAUCCAUUACCCUACGAAAAGGCCAUCCUAAGAAGGACGGUGCCAACAUGGCAGGAAAUUAUAUGCGAUAACAUAGUUAAGGGGACAUUGUCCAAAUCAGACAUCGGCCUUGGGAAGUUCAGAAAACACUCAGCCUCCGCUGGAAAGUCACGCAUAGGGCUGCAAAAUGUGUUGUUGAUCGUGUCGCCCGGCUGCGAUUGCAGCCGCUUACUAUUCUAUCUACUGUUGUACACUAUCAACCCCUUGCACGUAUAUGAUAGUGAAACUUACAGGAACAGCAUAGAUAUACCGGGAGACACACCAACAGAAAAACCUAACCUUUGUCUACAGAAUGUUAGCAUGUCUUUGCGAUCGACCAAGUUAUAUCACAGAAUAUUCAACCUGGCAUCUACCGACAGUGAGGAUGCCAAGAACCAUGGAAUCAUACCACAAAUAUUCCACAACAUGAAAUUAAGAAGUGUAGUUGAUGUAGGAUGCAGGUUAAUAUUUAUCAUAGGACUAUUUGCAGAUGAGGCGGUAACCACCGCCAGCCAUUUCGGACAAAUUAUCAACCAGCUGUGCUAUAGCACAGCGGAUGUACCAAAUAACAGGAGUGUAAAGUUGCCAAUGCCAGUUUUUAUAGAAGGAUCUGUAUUAGCACACGAUAGGGAGAAGAUGUAUAUUGAAGGUGGUAUAUACAGUGUACCAUCCCGUAUCCUGCUUGUUGAUUUAUUAACAGGGAAACUCACCCCUGAGAUUGUCAGUGGGAUUGUCAUUGUACACGCACAUCGCAUGGCACAUGAUUAUAAUAUACCAUUCCUCAUCAAGUUGUUACGUAGCCGCAAUAAACUGGCAUUCAUCAAGGCAAUAACAGAUAAUGUCAUUUCAAUGCGCGAGGAAGGGAGAGUGAAUUUCGUACUUAAAUCGAUGUUCACCUCCGACUGCUUCAUAUACCCGCGGUGCAGUAGCUGCAUAGACUCGGUACUGAAUGACCCCGAAGUGCAGCCAGAAACAUACGAGAUAAACUUGCAACUAAGCGACAAUGCCAAACAGAUACAUAACACAAUAGUCCAGUUGCUGCAGAGAUUAAUGACCGAUCUUCAAAGGCAACUUGGUGAUGAGCUGCAGCACCUGGAUAUGAAUGCUAUAAUGUAUACAAGUAAUGUUGACCGACUAUUUUCAAAUGCAUUGCAAAAGGCAUACGUAUCAGCAAAUAGUUACCAUAUCAGACGUUCAAUGGCAAGCAUAAGUAACCUCAAGAUGCUGCUAAACCAACUGUAUAACAUGGAUGCAAUCAGCUUCCUCGCUUUUGGGGAAUCCAUGAAGGAAGCUGAAAGUGACUCACACUGGCUAUGGACAUCCUAUGGGAAUAUCAUUUAUAAACUGGCCACUGCCAGGGUGUAUGAACCUGACCCUCAAUACGAAUCAGGAGUGUCAUUAAAUAUAGAGCAAGACAAGAAAGGUGAAUGCCUUAGGCAAAUUUUGUGCCCCAAGUAUAUUGGAAAUGCAGAACUGGUGGAACUCAUCAGGUCUGCAAUGAAGUGGAUACCGUCGAAACGUUUGUCUAGAUUACCCUCAAGAUAUAGCAUCACAACUAAGGCCAACUUGAGCAUGGAUCAAAAGCGUAGAAGAUUGAAUCAUAGAGAGGGGAAGCACGCAAGACGCAUAUACCGGUAUUUCAAAGCAGGUAACACCCUCGCCAGAAGAGCGAUAAUAGUAGUGGAUAACAACUUCUUGUGUACUAACCUAAGAAAAAGCUUGACAAUGUCACUGAGUAGAUAUAACGAAGCCAAGUUCAUGGCAUAUGCAAACAAAAGAGCAGAUAGGUACGAUAGCAAAGAAAGUGAAGAACAAAAAUAUGAUGGAUACACAGAAACACAUUUCCAUCGUGUUAUGAUCAAUACACGCAAGGAAGCAGAUAAAGUGUUGCGCAAAUUUGUCAUAUGGUCAAGAUAUAAUGAAAUAUACGGAAAAAAAGGUGAUAAAGUUGAUAUAGAUGAAAGCGGUCAACCCAACCAGGAGCCAGAAACACGUGAUUUCGCAUCGAUAUGUCCAGAAAGUGAAGAAGAUGACUCACCUCAUGGAAUGGAUUUCAUGGAACAUGGACUAGCAGACCCUGUAACAAUGGAUGCAUCCAGUGACAGUGAAGGGUCAGACGCAGAUAAAUCGGUUGAAAAAAAACCUACACAGGAAAAAGUAGCCCCUAAAAGGUUUGACGCAUAUACACUAACAUUGGACGUGGGAAAGGACAUUAAAUGCAUUACUAAUGUGGUGAACGUGUCUUUCAACCCACCAAGAAAUGAAGCUCUCAAGGGACUGAUGGAAAGAAAACUGCUAAAAGAUGCAGAAAAUGAUACGGUGCCAAUAGUGUGCUCACCUCAUGAAUUUGGAUAUGCACUCCGCAAGUUCAAACCAACUGUUAUAGCGGUGUAUCGCCCGAACGUAAAGGUAUUCAGGGUAAUAGAGCAGUAUUGCGCAUUACAUUCAGCCUCCGGGGGAAAAAGGUUCCUAAAAGUGUAUAUCAUGUCAUACGUAGAUUGCCUGGAGUCACAUAAGUUUGCCCGAGACUUGAAACAUGAAUUGGAAUGCUGGAGAACACUACAGCAGCAACUUAAAUCACUACAAAUAACAUAUGACGAAACUGUGCUAUUGACAAAUAGAUCAAACAUGGGGAAUCAGCAGUCCCUAACGAAUACAGCUGCUCUGGAGGCACCAGGGACACUUGCAAUAGCAAGUGAUGCCAACGUGAAGUUGCCAAAUGUUAAUAUACAAAAUGUGAGGUUAACUCCACAGGUCAUCAUAGACAUGCGGGAGUUUAAAAGUAAAUUGCCGUUCCAUCUGUACUACAAUGGAUUGCAACUAGUCCCGAUUGUACUGGAGAUGGGAGACUACCUACUCACCAGAGAUAUAUGCGUCGAACGUAAGAGCCUGAAAGAUUUGAUCACAUCAUUGACCUCAGGAAGACUGGCACAGCAGGCCGAAGAACUGUGCAGUGUAUAUGACUUGCCACUGCUGUUAGUGGAAUUCGAUGACGCAGAGUCGUUCCACCUAUCGCCCUGUAAUGACGCCCAUUCCCUAGGAAUCAACUAUGUAUACUCAAAAUUGUGCAUAUUGUGCUGUAAUUACCCGAAAUUAAAGGUAAUAUGGAGCCAAAGCCCGGAAAAAUCAGCACAUAUUUUCAUGACACUUAAAAAAGGACGUAGCGAACCUGAUAUUUCCAUUAACACCGCAGUCAUUGCAGCAGCCAGAGGCGAUUGUAGCCCCGAAAACGGCGGUAGCCAAGUUAUAAUACGAAGAAAACCUGAAGACGUUAAAAAUCGUGACGCACUAAAAGUACUUCGCAAAAUACCAGGUGUCACAAGUUAUAACAUCGGGGAAAUAUUGUCAAGGGUAGGAUCCUUGCGACAGCUAAGUGAGAUGGAAGAAUCGGAUUUGGCACAAUUCCUACCAGCAUGUAAUGCAAGGGCUAUAUAUAACUUCUUCAACCAGCCCUUUAGGGGCUACCGCACAUACUCUAUAACAUAAUGCUAUUGUCACAUUAAAAUAUGUGUACUAACUACAUUAG